AUGGCCGCCCGGAAGCUUGCACAAGAGGUCGACAAAUGCUUCAAACAGAUCCAACUGGGCGUCGCCGCUUUCGAGUCGGUGCACGACAAGAUCAGCCAGACGACAAAUGCGUCGCAGAAGGAGAAGCUAGAAGAGUCCCUCAAGAGGGAGAUCAAGAAGCUCCAGCGAUUGCGCGAUCAGAUCAAGACAUGGUGCGCCGGCAACGAGAUCAAGGACAAAGGCCCUCUGGUCGAGCAGAGGAAACUCAUCGAAUCACAAAUGGAGAAGUUCAAGGCGGUCGAGAAGGAGAUGAAGACGAAAGCCUACUCGAAAGAGGGCUUGUCGCAAUCGGCGAAACUCGACCCAAAGGCGCAAGAGAAGGCGGAUGCCUCCGAAUAUCUACAGAGCAUGGUGGAGGAGCUGGAGCGGCAGGUGGAGAACAAGGAGGCUGAGGCCGAAGCGAUGCAUGCGAGUAUGAAGAAGGGCAAGAAAGACAACACAAAGUCCAUGCGAAUAGCGGAGCUCGAGAGGGUGAUGGAGCGGCACAAAUGGCAUCAGGGCAAACUGGAGCUGAUUCUCCGAGCGCUAGAGAAUGACAACGUGGAGGUUGAACAAGUGAACGCCCUGAAGGACUCUCUCGAGUACUACGUGAAUAACAACCAGGAAGUCGACUUCCAAGAAGAUGACACAUUCUAUGAUGAUUUGGAUCUGGACGAGGAAGAGGGGCUAUACGGCAUGGCAAACGAGGUGGACCGGGUAUCUUCGCAAGACACACAAUCAGUACAAGACGAGGUACCGGAGCUGGAUACACGGACGGCACCUACGGCUGCCAAGUCGAAACCUUCAGUACCGGAUACAGCGGUGGCAGGAGCGAGGCGACCCUCAGCACAACUGAAAUCGCCUCUUCCCGCAUUAGCGACAUUACACACACCAUUACCAAGUACAUCGAAUGGAGUGCCACCAAUAAACAUGAAGCCGGCGCCGAUACCACAGAGGAUACCGGGCGAACCUUUAAAAUAUGCAUCUGCAGCGGCGGCAGCGGCGGCGAGUGAUAAGAACGGUGUCGGAAUUGCACCGUUACCUCCUCCACCAGGCGCAGCGCCGGUUUCAGGGCCAAAUGCCGGACUCAUAACACAAACAGCCGCAUCUAUACCAAGCGCUCAACCGAGCGCCAAGCCGAGUGCGGCGACAUCCCCAUCCCCAGCGCCUUCGCAACUGGUGGCACCGCAACAGAAACCCGUUGCCUCAGUCUCUGGUAGCAUCGACGACGGGUCGACAGCGCCAAUCUCAAGCAAGUCACCGGCGCCCAGUCACUCAAGUGCGGCGGCACCAAGUACUCAGGCGAGCAGUGCGCCGCCGACCCCAGCAUUAGAGACCGCACAACCCCAAAAGGCUCCCCAAGCCAGCGACGCGCCGCCGACGCCUGCCCUAACCAAUGGCGAAUCCCACGUUGAUGCUGAAGAGGAUGAAUCUGUCUAUCACCUACCAUCCAGCCUCUCCGACCUCCUCGAAUCCUUCGAAGCCACCAAGGCGGAACUCACAUCCGGCACCAAGCCUUCUCCUGAACAUCUUCUCCUCACCUCUCAAGCCUCCUGUCCGACAGCGGAAGACGCCGAACGACCGCGACCGUACAGGCCGUUCCAACCAUACCAGUACACUCCCUCGCAUUACCCUCAAGAGCCGCUAGCGAUAUUCGAUGACCCCCGAUUAUACAGCAGGCUGGAUACGGACUUCCUCUUUUACGCGUUUUACUACAGGCAAGGCACCUACCAGCAAUAUCUCGCGGCGAAAGCGCUCAAGAGCCAAAGCUGGCGGUUCCAUAAGCAGUAUCAAACGUGGUUCCAACGGCAUGAAGAGCCGAAGAGCAUCACAGAGGACUACGAGCAAGGGACAUAUCGGUUCUUUGACUAUGAAAGUACAUGGAUGAAUCGGCGAAAGAUGGACUUUCGUUUCGCGUACAAGUUCCUAGAAGACGAUCUAUGA